AUGCACUCGAGCGCGUUGCGAGCUGGCUCUAUGUGUGCUGUACUCCGCCAGGAGCACCUGCAGCAGGCAAUUAAAGAGAAGCAGCUGUGCGAGCGGCGGCACCAUGCGUGUGCUCUGAUGUUGCGGAAGCACGACCUGGUGGGCGUCCUGGCGCCUAGAGGUCUACCCGAACUGCGCAUUCAAGGGUCGCCUGCGCAAGUGCGGAAACCACACCCUACAGUCUCCCCGAUUCCGCUGCCGAGUGACCUGGGAUCACCAGAGAGCAUCAUCUUUGCCAUCACAUAUGAACGGCGCCGUCUUUCUUCUCAGAUCGUGCCCGUGAACUCGGACAGCGGCAUUGCCGCCCUGGUAGCACCAUCAACGCCUUCUCAGAGUCGACAGUCUCCCUCGAAGGAGUUUGCGACUCGCUUGUCUCGUCUGCACAAAGCCGCUGCGCUUGGCUUGGCAGCUAUUCAAGGCCAGUGGUGUGACUCCUUGCAUGUUUCACCGAUUGGAGCGCAGUCCUCCGCUGUCAAGGCUGAUGCUUCCUUCCCCUCGUAUCUCAACGGCAGCUCCGCUCUCUUUGGUGAUCGCGGAGAGGUGAGCGGUCUUGGCUGUUGUGAAGUGGAAGGUGCUCGCCACGUGCGAUUCUCGAGCCGAAGCCCGCAGGUUGCCACCUUCUCAGUGGAGCGGCCAUGCGUUCCGCGACCGGAAGGGUGGACUGCGACGGAGUCUGCGCCGGCUGCAAUGCCGGAGACGCCGCCGAGUGAGGUGGCAAAGCUGAUACCUGGCCCAGAGCUCGACUUGGUCCAGAGAUCGCCAUCUACUCAUCGAAACUCUAAUUCUCCGUGGGUGUCCACUCUCGUAAUGAGUCCGUGUGUGGCCUCGCCGCAUUCCACGAUUCCAUCACCCCAAACGAGUGUCACUUCCUACCUAUCCCGCAUCGAGGAGCUGCGCAGUUCUUUGCUGGAGGCGCCAUGGAACCCCCGCCAGAGUAACCGCAGGCUCAGUGAUGACGCUCGCCUGCCAACACAGCCGGUUCAAAUGCUGACGAUGGCGGAGAAUCCGUCGGGGAUGAAUGAGAAACGAGCGACGAAUGGGCAGGAUGUGAGGGAGAGUGCUCCGGCACCCCUGAAGCAAUGGACACUUGACCAAACACGUUGCCUGGGCGAGUCUGUCGGUGCGGCCGCUGUUGGCAUCACCUCCCCGACUGCAUCCGGUGCAGUGGGGUUGAUUGGACCCCUUCCACGAGGCGCGUCUCUUACUCCAGCUAUGUCGGAGACUUUCGAGUGCUUCACAGAGAGCUCGCCGAUCUUCCUGCGCCGCCCCCAGCGGAGGCCCAAAGCACCCACUCAAGAUACCCGCCUGUCGCCUCUGUUCUCGAAUGUCACGAACCAGCUCACUGAAUCAUCCACGCCCCCGCCACCGAGGCCGCGUAUGCCAGGUAAGAAGGACGCCCUGGUCACCCACAAGGCGACGAAGAAGUGCGUACGCUUCCACGAAUCUGUCGAGCGAUCUGACAAAGGAGGCACCAGUACAGCAUGCAAGCGUAGGCGUUCUGAGCGACGGGCCGCGCAGGCCCCUACUUCUGCCCCUGCCGUCGUCGGUGUGCCGAUCAUCAUGGCGGCGGAGUUGUGUUGCGAACAGGAGGGCUUUGGUGCUGGCAUCCUCCUAGCCUGUGGGCCAACACUCUAUUUUGAUUGA